AUGUUACAGAUAAAGAAAUUGGAAAACUUGAAGAUUCCCUUAAGUGAUAUAAAGUUGGCCACCGAUGACUUUUCCAAGGCAUACCAUAUGAGAGAAUCUGAAUACGAUAUCAUCUACACAGCAGAAUUAGAGCAUUUUGAUAUAGAAAAUCAUCUGAAAGAAGGGAAGAAUAAAGGUGAACCACUGAAGAGACGCAUUGCAGUUAUUAUAAAACGCUUCCUCCCGGUAGGAAAGUGUGUAGAAAAUUGGUUUGAUAAAGAAAUUCAAAUGUUUGCUACUUGUAAGCAUCCUAACAUAAUCAAACUAAUUGGAUUUUGUGACGAAGGUUCUGAAAUGAUCCUUGUCUUUGAGCAUCUUUCUAAUGGAUACCUUUCUGAUUAUUGGAGAAACACCGACAUGAGGCGUUCUCUUACUUGGACAAAACGAUUGAAAAUCUGCCUCGAUGUCGCAAAUGCAUUGAAUUACCUUCAUUCUGAGAUGGAGGACCAAAAGAUGAUAAUACACCGUGAUAUUAAGAGCUUCUGUAUUAUGUUGGACGAAAACUGGAGGGCAAAGAUCGUUCAAUUUGGGCAGUCGUUGUUCCUAAAUCAAGAAGAUGACACUAUCUGUGACACUCUUAUAUAUGGCACUCCUUGUUACAUAGAUCCAGAUUAUGCAGCGACUCAUAAGUUGAAGACAGAAUCGGAUGUAUAUAGUUUUGGUGUCGUUCUCUUUGAAGUCCUAUGUGGGAGGUUGGCCAAUGACCCAAUAUUCGCUAAAAGGAGUGACAAAUACAGAUUUGAGCUGGUGUAUAUGGCACGACAAUUUUUACAAAGGGGAACACUAAUGGAAAUAAUAGAUCCUUUAUUGAAAGAAGAACGUGGUGAAAACAAUUUUAGUCUAAAUAAAGGACCCAACAAAGAUUCUUUCGAGAAAUUUGCAAAAAUUUCACACGAGUGCAUAGCAGAAACCCAACAACAACGUCCAACAAUGAAAAUGGUCGUCAAGGAGCUCCAGGAAGCGUUAUCCUUUCAGGAAAGCAAGGACGAACCCAUAAUUUCACUUGAAAUCAUAAAAUUAGCCACACAAAACUUCCAUGAUGACAAUCGCAUUGGCAGAGGUGGAUUUGGGAAAGUUUAUAAAGUAAAAGUUCCAGAAGGUGAUGGGUUCAAUACCGUUGUUGCAAAGCGAUUAGAUACAAGGCAUGGGCAAGGGGAAUUACAAUUUAGGACUGAGCUCCAAAUACUUUUUGAGUAUAAACAUGAGGAUAUCAUCUCUCUUGUGGGAUACUGUAAUGAAAAAGAUGAAAAAGUCAUUGUUUACGAGUAUGCCUCUCGAGGAAGUCUUGAUAGGUAUUUGAAGGAUGCUCAUCUUACUUGGAUGAAACGGCUUAAUAUAUGUAUUAAUGUUGCAACUGCCCUGGCUUUCCUUCACGGAGGAGCGGGAAAACAAGCAAUAGUGAUACACAGGGACAUCAAAACUCCAAAUAUUCUACUAAAUGAUAAGUGGAAUGCAAAACUUGCUGAUUUUGGACUUUCCUUGAUAAGUCCAAUAAAUCAGGAGACAGACUAUGCAAUUGAACAUCCAUGCGGCACGGAGGGGUACUUGGACCCCCUUUACUUAGAAUCGGGUUUCUUAACAAAAGAAUCCGACAUUUAUUCAUUUGGUGUGGUUUUGUUUGAGAUAAUGUGUGGGAAAUUUCUAAAAGGUGUCAUUGUCAAAGAGAUCUUUGAAAAAGGAAAAAUUGAUGACUUUGUACUUGAGGCUAUAAGGAAACAGAUCCAGCCAAAAGCAUUGAUUGCAUUCAAAACGAUCGCCUACCAGUGCUUACACGACGAUAGAGUAAAACGGCCAACCGCAAAAGAAGUUCUGGAAAAACUUAAGGAGGCGUUGGCAUUCCAAAUCUCUGGAUCUGUUGAUGGAGCUGCGUAUUGUAUGGAAGUUCAACUCAGCAUUUGA